AUGGGGGACGGUGGUGGUGGUGAUGGCGCCGCCGCCUCCUCGUCGCCGCCGGCCGCCGCGGCCGCCCCGGGCUUCUCCUACCUCGCCGUCUUCCACAACUUCCCCCUCGUCGCCGCGCUGCUCGGCUUCGCCAUCGCGCAGUCCAUCAAGUUCUUCCUCACCAGGUAUAAGGAGAAAAGAUGGGAUCCUAAGCGGCUUAUCGGCUCCGGUGGCAUGCCGUCGUCGCAUUCCGCGACCGUUACAGCAUUAUCGGUAGCCAUUGGCUUCCAAGAGGGCUUCGGCAGUGCCCUCUUUGCCACAUCAACGAUAUUCGCAAGUGUGGUGAUGUACGAUGCUUCUGGUGUCAGAUUGCAUGCUGGAAAGCAAGCAGCGGUGUUGAACCAAAUAGUCUGUGAACUACCGGCUGAACAUCCCUUGGCUGAAACAAGACCAUUGCGUGAACUUUUAGGCCAUACCCCGACCCAGGUUGUCGCCGGUGCGGUGCUUGGGUGUAUGAUAGGUAUUGCAGGGCAGAUUAUCAUUGCAGUGACAAGUGUUGUAUGA